UUUACCCUUCGGCCAAUUCUUAGUCAAUUCUGAGUCAAUUCUGAGCUUUUCUGUUCAGUCCUUCUUCUUUCUUUCGUUGUUGAAGCACAAACCACUUCUUGAUAGACCGUUGUUUUUUUUUUGGUUACACAGCCAUGGGUGGAGUAUGCUCGUCUCUCUGCGGUGGUGGCGGCGGCGGCAAUGGCAGCGGCUCAAACAUGUCGUAUUCGGGCGGCCUGUCCAUGUCCGCGCGCAGCACCCAGCCAGCCAGCAAUGCAAAGUACUCUGGCGAGCUGAUGGACGGCGUUGAGUUUGCCUCGCUCCUGCGCAUGGACGCUCGCACGACGGAUGAUGCAGACAUCCUGAUGGGCGUUGCGGACGCGGAUCUUGGUCGCACACCUCAAUCGGAAUGGGAACGCAAUCCACGCGUCCUGACCCCGGAGGAAAUCCAAGCCAUCACACGUAAAAAGAUUGACGAAAUCAUCCGUCAGCAGACGGCCAAAGACAAGGAGCUGGAAACGCAGUAUGCCGAGCAAGAAGAGCGGCUCAAAAAGCAGGAAGAAGAGGCCAUCGUCGCUCGACGAGGCGCCGCUCGUGCAGCUCACCAACCUGCCACUCAAUCCCAGGCAACGUCAGCCUUCAGUCACGGACCUGCUGCGGCACCUGCCACGCCUCAAAAAGCUGCUCCCCAAACCUCGGCCAUUGCUGCUCCUGCCACGCCUGCUCAGUCCAAGCUCACUCGCGCCGAUUCGGACUCGUUCAUGUCGCCGGACAUGCGACGAUGGCUUGAUGAUGACAGUGAUGCUGGUGCGUUGACCAAUCCCGCUGCUCUGGCUGCUUCGAGUGCGACCGCAGCUGCGCUCGCUGCUGAGCCUUUGCCUCCAGCACAGACCACUCUGUUUUCUGGCUCUCACGUUGACCCCGGAGCGAGUGCCGCUGCCAGCUCGAUCACUUCUGCCGCCGCGACGAGAACUCCCCCGACCUUCACCGAUUCUUCCGACGACUUUGACAGCUUUUUGGAAGCCGCCAAGGUUCGCUCGUCGGCUCCGGCACAGAUCGAGUCCAUCCUACCACCCGUCGUGUCCACCCCCGCCACCUUUGGCUCAAAUGACGUUGCCUCCUCGAUGGAGCCUCCGCCGCUCUCCGUCGGUGAUGAUGACCAAUGGGGUGGCUUUCUUUCGCCCGAGCUGAUGCAGGCCACCAUCAACGCCGGGUCUGUGCUCGAGUAGUGGUAGUUUGCUGAACUGGGUUGAGCGUUGCCUGGUGGAUGCGGUUGGUUUUUUUUUUUUCCUUUCUCGUCUUUUUUUUUUUUUCUUUGCAAAUAUGCAUUGAGGUUGCUUAUUGAUUUUUUUUUUGUUGUUGUUGUUGUUGUUGUUGUUGUCUUUGUCAUUCGCGUUGUUUUUGAUUUGCCCGCGGUUGCUUUUCUUCGUUUCAUGUCAGAAAAACAAACGCUUGGGUUUUCAAUCCAA